GCCAGUCAGGUCACCAAGACACUACAGCAAGGACCCAGGACUGUAGAAGAACACUCGUUCUCACCUGAAAGUCUCUUACCUGCACGGGCAUCAACGCAAACAGGUCACAAUGUUUGGAAUCCGCUCUCUGGCUGCUCUCGUCCUCCUGGGUGUUAUUCAGAGCUGUUGGCAGAUCCCUCUGAAGCAGACUGGGGAUGACCAAAGGACAGAGAUAGAACACAUACUGUUGGAUCAGUCGAGGGAUGUGUCUAACGUGAAGAGACACUCAGAUGGAACCUUCUCAAAUGACUACAGUAAAUACCAGGAAGAUAUGAGGGCUAAGGACUUUGUUCAGUGGCUUUUGGACUCCAAGAGGAGUGGUGCUUCAACCAAACGUCACGCUGAGGGGACCUACACCAGUGAUGUGAGCGCCUACCUACAGGAUCAGGCAGCCAAGGACUUUGUGUCCUGGCUCAAAUCAGGACGGGCCAAACAACAAUCUGCAGAGGUGAGCAGAGGGAAUGUUCCAAUGAGCAGAAGGCACGUAGACGGUAGCUUCACCAGCGACGUGAGCAAGGUCCUAGACAGCAUGGCCGCCAAAGAGUACUUACUCUGGGUCAUGACCUCCAAGCCCUCAAGGAACCGAUAAAGUAACAAACGUCAAGAAGAUCAUUGAAAGAAGACAAACAUCCCUGAUCAAGACAAACGUAGAUAAUGCACUACAACUGAGAAGCCUUGACAAAAACUAAAAGCCAUACUAAAAAGCCAUAUUGCUUAACAUCAUUGUAACGUUAAUACAAUGUUGUUAAUUGUUAGAUUGUUUACCUUCUGUGAUAAAAAAAAAAUAUAUAUUGUAUUGUUCCUUGACUUUGUGGUGGACAUUCACCUGGUCAGUUGUCAAAUUAUGAAAAGAAAAAUAUUUUUCUAUUAAUUUACAUUAUUUUCUAUAUUUGUAAUAUUGAAAAAAAGUGAACAUGGUAACAACUCGGAUAAUGUGCAAAACUCUGGCAACUACUUUUUAUCCCGUAUCAAAACCUGCUCUG